AUGUUAUCUUCUGACGGCAAAUGGAAGCUUGCCCCAAGGCUGCAUUCCGUCAAAUUUGUUUUCGAUGCGCCUAUUCCAGCAGACGCCCCGGCUCCUGAGGAGUUCGUCUUCGAUAGCCCAUUUUCCAGUGGCACUCCGGGAAUCCCCAAAAAGUUCACUUUCAAGUCGCCCGGUUCAAUGAACGAUGGUCACAAUGAAGCCAGCGACAUUGAUGGUCUUUCCGCAUCCAGCCAACGCAGUGUCACUGAAGUCACCGAGGAUGAGAUUACAAUACACUCGAAUGCGCCAUCCCAGAAGGUUACCUGUGAAAAGACACAGAAUCCCAUCAAAUCGUUCAAGAGCCCGGUGCUUCAUGUUCGAGGUCCAUGCUUUGACUUGAGCAACGUGGAAAGACCUAUCGAGUCGGUCGUUUGUGCUGCCUGGGCUCUGGUGCUUUCGUCGCAAAACGCUACGCAAGCCGUUUGUUUUGGACUGAAUUCAUCGAUUGCAGAGCACGAUUCCAAGUCGAUCUCAUCUGUGGACGUGAGCGUUGCCACCAGUCAUACCAGCAACAUUGCGGACUUUCUCGAGUAUGUUGAGCAAUCUAUGAACAGAAACUCCGCAGACAGUGGUAAAGCAUUCACCACAAAAUCUCAUCUGAGAACAAAUGUAUACCUUGUAGAGAGCCAGUACAUCGUACCGCCAUUCGAUUCAACGAAGUAUGACUUCGUUCUUGAAUGUCAUAUGAAUGGAACCGAGAUCGCCUUGGCAGCCACUUUCAAUCACGAAGUCGUUUCUAAAACCUCAGUGAGAUUUCUACUGAACGACUUGGAGAAUGUGCUCUGGCAGUUGUCGUCCUCGGUAGGGGAAGUGCAGAAGUUGGAAGACAUCCAGAUACUAGGCCCGGCCAGCCAACGCCACCUCGUUCAGCUUAACCGACCAUUGGAGAGAAGAGAGAACGUAUUUAUUGAUGAUCUCGUGGCCAACCAAGCCAAACUACGCCCAUCCGCUGAGGCUAUUUGCGCCUGGGAUGCCGGCCUCUCUUAUGGCCAGCUUCUGCAAUACGCUGAUAGGCUCGGCAACUCCCUGACCGACUUGGGCGUGACGCGUGGAACCUUCGUUCCGAUCAUCUUCGAAAAGUGCGCCUACAGCAUCAUCGCCAUUUUUGGAGUCCUCAGCGCGGGCGGUGCCGUUGUGGCUUUGGACCCCUCACUACCCGCCGCCCGCCUGGAAAUGAUAAUUGAAGACGUCCAAGCUUCAGUGGUGAUCUCUUCAGCGAAGAGUCAACAUCAGAUUCCUCCGCAUAUCUCACCAAACAAAAGGAUGGUGAUAGAUAAACUGUUUAUCGAGAGGCUCCCAUUCGCUACCCCUGCACGCUCAUCUUCUGUGUCGAGGGAUGUUGAUGACGCUCUCUACGUUGUGUUUACUAGCGGAUCAACUGGCAAGCCGAAGGGCGUGGUGGUCACACACGCUGCCUUCGCUUCGAGUGCCAAGGGAUUCUCCAAGGCCAUAUAUCUCGAUUCCCCAAGUUCCCGAGUGCUACAAUACUCCUCGUUCUCCUUCGACAUAUCCAUGUUAGAGAUCUUCACUUCUCUCAUGGCUGGGGCCUGUCUCUGCAUUCCUAGCGAGGAACAGCGAAUGAACGAUUUGACGGCUUGCAUUUCCAGUAUGAACAUCAAUUGGGCUAUGCUGACACCAUCGGUGGCCAGCCUUAUCAGUCCUGGAGAUGUUCCCAGCCUCGACGUUCUCUGCUUAGUUGGCGAAGCACUGCCACAAGCCGUUGCUGAUACUUGGGCUGACCACGUCAAGACCAUCAACGCAUAUGGUCCUGCGGAAUGCUCUGCCCUCACCAUCGUCAGUGAGCCGAGAGUUCGAGGUGUGAAGAGCAUUUCUAUUGGGCGACCCGCGAAUUGCGCUGUCUGGAUUGUGAACGAGAACGGACAUCUGGCACCUUUCAAAGCUGUCGGCGAGAUAGUCAUCGAGGGACCUCCCGUUGCACGCGGCUACCUCGGCGAUGAUGUCAAGACUAAGGAAGUCUUUCUCGAUGAUCCUGAAUUCCUCCGAGGAGUUGUUCGACAUCCCGGGCGCUGCUACCGAACAGGCGAUCUUGGCCGUAUGAAUCCUGAUGGGUCAAUCGACUUUCUCGGUCGGAAGGACUCUCAGGUCAAGAUAAACGGCCAACGCGUUGAGCUUGGAGAGAUAGAGCACCAACUCAAGGAGCUCUUUUGUGGUGCGCAGUCGUCAUUUGCGAUGCCGAAUGCGCCGGCUUGGGACGUUGCCGUUGAGCUGCUUCAACCGAGUGGAACACAAACCACAGUACUAUCAGCAUUCGUUGCUUGCUCGAAAUCAAUGAUCCAGAACCACGAAUCUGUAAGCCUCCUUGUUCAUGAGGCAGAGCCUGUGUGGAUGGAAGUCAAAUCUUUGAGCGCGCAAGCGUUGAUCGAGCUCGCGGAGAGGCUUCCGACAUAUAUGGUGCCCAAGACGGCAGUGCCAUGCCACAAGUUGCCUCUGUCUCCUUCUGGGAAAAUUGAUCGCAAGACACUUCGCAAUUUGGGCAACACCAUGGCCCUGCAGCAACUGAUGAGUUCGCCGACUCAGGGCAACCCUCCGACCCCGCGAGUUGCCGUAAUCGAGUCAGACGCUUUGGAAUUCAAAGUGAUUGGGGACAAAGAAGAUGCUUCCGAGGGUCAGGUAACUCUGCUAUCAGAGAGUAUUCCUGCAUCUGAGUCUUCGAUGCCCCUGUCGUCAACGUCAGACAUAGCGUUGAACCCUGUGGAGGUGGUGCUGCGGAAGGCCUGGGGCAAGGUCCUGAGUCUUCCCGAAGAUUCGAUCACUGCUGAAGACGACUUCUUCAGACUCGGUGGCGACUCAAUUGGUGCCAUAAAAGUUGUUGCAGCGUGCCGUCAGCUUGCACUUCAAAUCAACGUUGCCAGUAUUUUCAAGAACUCGGUCCUAAGGCAAAUGGCCUUGGUUUGCAAAAGGACUGCGACAGACAAGACCAACGCAGCAUCAAACCAGUACAACCCCUACCAGCUUGUCGAUCAGUCUAACCUGGCUGAGCUGCGCGAAGAAGUCUCUUUUCAGUGCGAGGUUCAGCCUGAUGAUGUUGAAGACAUGUAUCCCUGCACUCACAUGCAGGAAGGUUUGAUGGCAGUCAAUCUCACACGACCUGGGAGCUACACGGGCCGUUGGAUUCAUCCUUUGCCCCAAGCCAUCGAUUUGGCACGGUUCAAGAAGUCGUGGGAGGAUAUACAUGCGACUUCACCUAUCUUACGAACCCGAUUUGCCACCACGGCAUCUGCAGGAUCUCUCCAGGCCAUCAUAAAGGGGCAUGUGCAGUGGCUUACUUCCGACGACCUUGAGAAAUAUUUGGCAAACGACGAUGCAAACCCAAUGUUUCCUGGAGAUUCACUCAACCGAUUCGCUCUAGUCACUGAUGUCAACGGCGAUAUCACGUUUGUGUGGACUAUUCAUCACAUGCUUUACGAUGGCUGGUCUCUAGCCAUGCUUUGCAACAGACUGAACGAGACGUAUCACGGUCGAGCGGUCAAGCCGGCCACUGACUAUCGCAAGUUCAUUUCCUAUACUCAACAGCUUGAGUCCAGGCAUAGCUCCGACUACUGGCAAAGGGAACUUAGCGAAUGCCCACAAUCAACCUUCCCCGCCGCCCCAAGGCCAGGCCACCAGUCGUUCGCUCGCGCCGUUGUAAGAGAUUCUCUGAUUAUUGACGUGGACACAGCCUCCGGCGUGACUAUGUCAACAGUGGUUCGGGCUGCGUGGGCUCUCAUGAUCAGUCACUUCUCCAAGUCGGAUGAUGUCUUGUUCGGAGCGACUGUAUCGGGUCGAAACGCACCGUUGGAAGACAUUGAUAACAUCGAAGGCCCCACAAUUGCGACUGUGCCAGUGAGAGUCUCAAUCAGUAAGAACUCCACUGUGCUGGAAUUCCUUCGCCAAGUUCAAGACCAAGCCACAGCUAUGAUUCCCUUUGAACAAGCCGGCAUUCAGCAGAUCAAGUCUCUUAACGAGGACACAAAGCGCGGAUGCGGGUUUCAGAACUUGCUCGUUGUUCAAGCUGGCGGUGGGUGGGAUGAGAAUGGCCACGGACCCCUUGGCAAGCCUAUUUAUCGGGAAGAAUUCACUACGUUUCCGGUUACCUGCGAGGUCUGGCUUCAACCAGGCAAGGUCGAGUUUGCGACUCACGUCGACGAAGAUGCGACCACUCGCGUAUUCGUAGCUGAAGCUAUCGAAACCGUCAAGAUCAUCAUGACUCAGCUGUCCUGGGCGACGUCUUCCACUAAGGCAGACUGCGAGCUCUCGAGACUUGUUUACGAUAUGCUACCGGCAGAAACUGACGGAAGGACGAGAAGAGACGACGUUUUGCCGGUGAAGAUUUCUGCCACGAUCAACGACCUUAUUUCACAGCAAAGCACGGCUCACCCGGGAAAGGAAGCAGUGAUAUCGACACUAGACACUCUGUCCUACGAUUCCCUCGAGACAAUGUCCUCUGCGCUUGCUAUACACCUAAAAAGUGUGGGCGUUGCAACUACAGACUUCGUCCCACUCUGCUUCGAGAAGUCCGUCUGGACGGUUGUCGCCAUGCUUGCGGUGAUGAAGGCUGGUGCUGCCUUUGUGCCCCUGGAUCCUGACCAACCGAUAUCACGUCUCAGAGCAAUCAUGAGCGAAAUCAAGGCGAAAGUCGGGAUCGUGUCUGCCUUCCACUCUAAAGCCACCGACCUUGGCAUUGCGACUACGGUGGUUGCGGAUAGGAGUUCCUUAGGAGUACUUUUGCAAUCCAAAACCACAGGAUUCGCCCGAUUAAGCAAUCCCGAAAAUCCAGCAUACGUUAUCUUCACCUCUGGAUCUACUGGAACUCCCAAGGGUGUUGUCAUCUCGCACUCUGCUUUCACUUCUGGGGCAACGGCUCAUGGGAAGGCCGUCGGUAUUUCCAGUGACCAUCGCGUCCUACAGUUUUCUUCUUACACCUUCGACGCCAGCCUCUUCGAAAUUCUCACCACGCUCAUACACGGCGGCACUGUUUGCGUCCCGACAGAAAACCAACGUGUCGAAGGAAUACUGGAUUUCGUAAAGGAGACGAACGUUAGUCUCUCGCUCCUCACGCCAUCUGUGGCUCGACUACUAGCACCAUCCAAUGUACCGUCCUUGAAAACCCUGAUUCUUGGAGGCGAAGCCCCCGAUGAGCCCCUCAUUGCCAGGUGGCUAGAUUCAGGGGCCAAGGUUUUCAACGCGUACGGACCCAGCGAAUGUUCUGUCAUUGCAACAGUUCAAGCCUGCGCCAUUGGGGCAGAAGCCAGGACUAUAGGGUACCCUGUAGGGUGCUCUUGCUGGGUAGUUGAUGCAGACGACGUCAACACUUUGGUGGCUGAUGGCGAAGUGGGCGAGCUCCUAAUUGAGGGCCCAACUUUGGCUAAUGGAUAUCUCGACGAUCUACAAACAUCCGCGUCGUUCAUCGAUAGCUCCAUCUGGGGGAAGGGGACUCGUUUGUACAAGACUGGAGAUCUGGUCCAAAGAACCAAGGAUGGAUCCUUCAUCUACCAUGGUCGCAAGGACUUUCAAAUCAAAAUCAAUGGACAGAGGGUGGAGCUUGGAGAUAUCGAGUCCCACUUGUCUGCCUGUCGAUUUGUCAAACGUGGCGUAGUCAUCUUCCCGUCCUCCGGCCCACUCGCAAAACAGCUUGUUGGCGUACUGGACAUGGAGGAGGACGAGAAGGACGACGACAACGAUGACGACAGAGACGACGACAAGAGACACACAGACAGUGUGGUCUACAGGAAUCGUAUCCGCUACCGUGCCAAGGCGUUAGAAGACAUCAAGCACGAGCUAUCUGAAAGGGUCCCCAGCAUCAUGGUCCCAAGGCAUUGGGUUGACAUCGAGAAGCUGUCCACCGGAGGCUUUCCGCUUUCCAUUGCUGGAAAGGCAAAUAGAAAGCUAAUCCUAAGUUGGAUCGAGGAAAUUUCUGCGCCCGAUGCCCAAGCUAUUGACGGCCAUGCUUUAGCUGAUUGUGCAACGCCUGACAUCAGAUCAGACGAGGUCCUCGCGUAUGAACUGGCGAGCAAGAUCUUCUCCUUCCUUCCCAGGGAAUCAUUCCAUCUUCAGCGCGGCACUCCGAAUCGGUUUGCAGACUUGUUCCUACAUUCAUCAGGACUAGACUCGCUGAACAUGAUGUCAAUCAUGCACUUCGUUCGUUCAAAGUACCAAGUGCGGGUGAGCAUUCAACUUUUGAUGGAUGAAAGGACAAGCGCUAGAAGCCUGGCUGCGUUCAUUGCCGAAAAGCUUGCCGAAACAACAAACAAAAAGCUUGCGCCGGCACAAGCUCCGUCACGUAGGAUCGAUAUUAUGGCCCAGAUCGAGCGGCAAGAAACCGAGCUCUUGAGAUGGAAACACAUGUCAGAUGAUCUUCCUAAGAGACCUGCCAGAAGCGCAAAGUUGACAAUAUUCCUGACUGGUGCCAACGGAUAUCUGGGUACACAGAUCCUGCGUCGGCUGUUGGAACGGGACGAUGUAGCGAGAGUGAUUACCCUUGUGCGUGGGCACACCGUCGAUAUAGCCAGGAAAAGGGUCAUUGAAGCUGCGCGGAAAGCUCUUUGGUGGACAGACUUCCACGGAGAAAAGUUGGAAGUGUGGAAGGGCGACCUGGGGGUGCCAAACCUCGGGCUUACGGAUGGAGAUUGGAACACAUUGGCCGAGGGAAGUUCCAUCGAUAUCAUUAUUCACAACGGCGCCAUUGUGAAUUGGAACAAAAGCUACGCGGUUCUCGAGGCCGUCAAUGUCCGCUCAACCGUUCAGCUCACUGCUCUCGCAAUUCGGAAUCCGAACCUGAAGUUUACGUACAUAUCAGGGGGGAGGCAGUGCCGUUCCGCAGAUGAGUUGGAUGAGGACGUUGCUCGAGAGCUGUCCGAAGCGAUGGGCUACAGCCAGUCUAAGUUCGUGGCGGAAGUCCUGGUGAAACGUGCCGCAGAGCGUUGCCCGCCCGGUGGAAGAAACAUUGCUGUAUUCAGGCCGGGUCUAAUCAUUGGAACACCAACAGAAGGGGUGGCCAAUACGGACGACUACAUAUGGCGUUUGACGGCGGCGAGCAUAGGCGUUGGCGCGUACAACUGUGACGACGACUCCGCCUGGCUACACUUGUCUGACGCUGCGACGACCGCUGAAGCAGCGGUUUGUACUGCAUUUUCACCAGCCUCGCUUCACAAGGCAAUUGUUCAUCAUGAGGAUGGAAUGACGUGGGGAGCCUUCUGGAGCCUGAUCCAGAAAAUGGGCUUCAGCAUCCGUUCGAUGCCAGCGUCUCAGUGGCUACCACUUCUCAGAAGAGACAUCACAUCCAGGAAUGAAGGUCAUCCUCUGUGGCCACUAGCGCACUUGAUGGAGGAUGGGUCAAUGGAAUGGGAUGUGCGUGUUCAAGAGCAACGAGAGGCCCCCUUGAGACUGAAGGUUGCAGUCAAAAGAAAUGUGGAGUUCCUUGUUCGGGCUGGGUUUCUAUCAACCGGUGGUGUCGUUGCGGAAACGACGCUUGUCAAGCGUGGACCGUUUUCUCGUGCUUCAUCGAGAGAGGGAUGGGGUGUAGCAAAGUGA